AAGGCAUUUGGCAGAGGCAACAGUGUACCGACUACCGCACGCUUUGACUCCACGAAGAGAGAGGUGCAAGGUGUGGUGAUGGCGUCUCACUGUUCGCCAACGUCUCUGCAGCAGGCGUGUGAGGUGGCCGCUGCGGCGUGGCUGGUGCAGUGGUCUGGACUGGUGGGCCAAGUGACCGACCGAGCCUCCGCCCCUUACAGACAGCCUCUCCCACUCAGGGACUCGGCAGCACAUCUUCGGGUUCAGGGCGGAGGCAAGAGUCGAAUCUCCUCUACGUCGAGCUGCGACACUCCCCGCGCCUGUAGAUGCAGAGCUUCUUCCCUGAAGGCUGCUUCUGGACUACAGGUUCACAAAGGGGCGGAAGUGAGGUCGUCGAAAACGUCUGGGCGUAGUAAAGCCCCAAGAACGACUCCAGUCUUGCAGUACGAGGAGCCUCAUUCUGCCCCGAGUCACGGACUGAACGAGACAGCUGUGAAUCUUUUUCACAGCCACGCACAACCCUUCACCGACGGUACUUGCUCUAUAGAUCGCCCGUCUCCACGCAGCACACAAGCUUUAAGUUUCCCUACGUUGAUAAAAACAACUACCUCAACCGACCUUUGUAGAGAUAUAUAUAAUAACAUAGUUAGAGAAAAUGUAACACAGUGUUCUUCAUUCUUUAAAAGCCACCUGCCUCCUCUUCUGAUCAACCAAAUCCUUAGCACCGCCUGGAGGCUGAUGUCCCAGCAGGUCGCCCUCGGAGGUCGACUUGAGGCUGUCCCCGAGUACCAGGUGGUUGACUGGGCGCGGCGAGCUCCAGUGCUGCUGAGACUGGCGGGGGCUCUGGCACGGCGCUCCUUCCCGCUCGAUCUUUCAGGUGUCCCCGAAACUUGUCUUGACGCUCUGAUGGCAGAGAUGAAUGAAAAACUGCCUCCGGAUCAAGUCAGUAGACUGGUGCUCCCGAAGGCCAAGUUCAAGUCUUGUAAAUCCGCUGUGCUAGAGUGCCAAGGCAUUUUGCUACAGUUCCUGAAGAAAACUAAUCUCGUAAGCCUAACGCUUCAUUCAGACCUCUGUGAUAACUCAGCCCUUGAGACUAUUUCUACUCUGUCAUUGCAGGAACUUGAUAUUGGCAGCAGUACAGUUACAGAAGAAGGUAUAAUCAGUAAGUUGUGUGGCUUGUCAUUUAAAACAGGUAGUGAAGUAGUUGAGGCUCUUAGAGAUUGUCGGUGUUCAUCAACACACCUUAGUAAGUAUCUACGGAAAUUUAGCAUGUCAUUUCAGAACAUCUCAUCUUCAGUCUAUCAUCUCAUCUUGUUAUUGUUUCCGGAGUUACAUUUUUACAAUCCUCACAGGGACAUCAAACCAUAUAUCCGUGAAUAUGCAAGACUUGGGUUAUCACUGGAAAAAGAACCUGUUAGUACUACUGCAAGAAAACUGAAGUUGCAGAAGAUUUCCUUGGGUAAUGCCACAAGGUCUGAAAUUUUGGAAGUUAGUAGGCUCUGUCCAUCUACAAGAGAAAUAUCUCUGAAUGUUGAACUGAAUGCUGAGGAGACCCUAAAUGCAUUAGAAGCCUUUACUCAGUUGACAGACUUUAAACUAAAUUAUUAUCCAUCCUUUGCUUCUUCGGCUCCUAAACUCAAUGGGUCUAUUCUAUUGCCACUUCUCCUGACUUACAAAAACCAGAUCAACAGUCUCAGUCUUACAGGCUUUAACAUAUCAGAUAAAUGCCUGCACGAACUUUCUCAGCUACCUGAACUGAAGUCUUUGUCAAUGGCAGAUUGUUGGCUGUCAAAUCCUAAAGGUCUUUCUCCAGACCCAUUUUCCAGUUUGGAGAAGCUUAGCCUGCAGUUUCUGCCACCAAAUUCAACAAUGCAUCUUCUCACUUCUGGUAAAAAAUUACAUAGCCUUAGUUUUGACUUUGUUGCUUCAGAAUGGGAGGGCAGUGCUCUCUCUGACACCCAUGUGAAACAGCUUGUGAUCUCUGGAAAGCUAAAUGCAUUGCAGUCAUUCACUGUUGCUUCACCCUAUCUGACUUUGGCCUCUGUUAAGAGCCUGACCCUCCUUCCAACCCUCAGGAGCGUGGGCCAUCUUGCUCGCUGGGGACUUACUGAUGAGGAACUUCAUUGCAUUAAUCAUUCUGGACCUCCUCACCUCAUCUGCAUACAAUAAUUAGUUUGGGAGUAAAUUAUUCCCUUACCAUGUUUAGGAUAAUCCUACUAAAAGGAUGAUUAACUUUCCUGUGAUAUAUAUGAGAAUACAUAAGUAAGAGACAAUACCCCAUAUAUCAGGGUAGAUUUAAUGUUAACUUGUUACAUUUAAAACAUACCAUUUUUCUCAUAUCAUACACACAUAUUUUUUCCAUAACAUUGCAGUGUUUCAUGCUUCACAAGUCAUUGCAUACAGGCAGUUUACAAGAAUUUUGGUCUUCCCUACACUCUUGCUGCUACUGUGGUAAACAAAUGAGUUAAAAUUGCAGUUUUAUCUUAUAUUCAUUAUUAAAAUAGAGCAACAAAAUGUGAUAACUCUUUUUCUGCUGAGGCAAAGAAAGUGAGACUAAUUUCUUUACUAAUAUGAUAUUGUUAAUAUUAUGUUACAAUUACAUGAUACUUGUGUUAAUUUUAAGUUUAUCUUUGGCAACAGACAGGUGAAUGAAUGCCUGACCAACUAGAUUAAGCAUGUUACUGAUGUGAUAUCAAUGUAAUGUGAUUUUUGUUUUUUAUUUUUCCAAAAGAUUUCUUGCAAUCGACAUUCAAUUCAGUCAUUACACUUUUACACAUAUAUUUGUUAUUUUAUAAAGCACUUGGAAUGAUCGAUACCAGCAGAAUCCACAUAAAUAUAAUUGGAUUUAGAAGUUACCUUAACUAGAAUUACGAAUGUUCAGAGAAAGUUAAGUAAAUGGCAAAAAAUAUAUAAGAAAAAUUCUGAUGUAUAUUUUGAGUUGUAUGUGAAUAUCUAAAAAAUAUAUAUAUUAUGAGUAAGCUGUCUCAAGCAUAAAUGGAGCACACACAAAAAAGAAGAAAAAAAAAGUUCAAAUUAUAUGGUAAGUAAAAACUGGUUGUUCUGGUUGCAACAGUGAUCUCAAUACUUUCACAAACAAAAAAGUAUUAGUAAUUGAAUUAUCAUACUCAACAUUUUACAUUUUUACAGGUUUAUUUUUUGUCUGUCGCAGUCUCUAUCUGUUUGCUUUAUGUCUCUGUCUGUCUAUCUGUCUGUCAGUCUGUCUGUCAGUCUCUCUCUUUCUCUCUCUCUCCCCCCACCACCACUUCCUCCCUAAAGGAGUUAAGAAAUGUGCACAUAAGCUAAAGCUAUUCAAUAUCUAAUCCCAAAAGCUAAAAAUUGACAAAUGUUUAGUUAAAUUAAAAAUUCAGAACAAGAACACUGUACCUAUCAGACUGGAGACUAGACAAGACGAAUAUGGAUAACUACCCUAAGAAAAAAUAAUGCAUCGUAUAAUAAGAUAUUCUCAACAAGUGCACAAGAUGACCACAGCCAUCUAUCAAAAUUCAGAAAUUGAUGGAACUCAUCACCAUUACCCUUGCUUUAUCUUAGAAUUUGUUUCAGAUAUCUUUUGUAUUCUCUUUAUUUCAUUAAUCCAAUAAAGUCAUCACAGCAUUUCUAAUACAUCUUAUUUCACUGUUUAUGAUUUCUCACAUCAUCUUACCUAUUUGACAGUCCUUUUGAUUAUACUCUCUCCCUUCUCCCAUUCUUUUUUUCUUUCUUUCUUUCUUUCUUUCAUUUUGUAAAUAGACUGGUAGAUUUAUGGGAUUAAACCAAUAAUAUUGUUUCCCUAGAUAAACCCAGUAAUUAUGAUUAAAACUGUCAGACAGAUUCAGAGAGAGAUAGUCAGCAGCACAGAAACAGACAGAAAGACAGACAGUGAAGACAGAAACACAGAAAGAUAAGAGCUAGAGAUAUGGGAAAGAUAGAUUACAAAAACAAGAUAGGAAGAGAUGGGAGGGUGUUAGAGAAAAGAGAGGAGACAGAGAAUACAAAAACAGAGCAAAUGAGAGAGAGGAUGGUGCUACAUAGAAGAUAAAAUAUCUGAUUAUUUGCAAUAUUCACAUUUUCCAUUUGUAGAUACAAAUAUAUAAUUGCAGAUCUUUUAUUGCAGAUACCAACACGUCACUAAAACUAAUUAUAUUUGGUAACUGACAGGUUUACAUAAUUUUUAAAACAAUUUUUAAGUUGCAAUAUCAACACAAUUCCAUGGCUUAUUAGCAAUCUCAGCAGAAUAAAGUUAAAAUCUUAUGCAUUAUUAAAAAAAAAAUCAUAUGAUGCAUUAGUAUGUUUGAACAUUGAACUUUUGCCAAUUUUAUAUAAAAUAAUGUUACACAGUGGGAGCCAAGAGAUGCCUCAAUAUUUCAGAAUAUUUCACUGGGAGAUUUUAUAGUUGUAAUAUUUUUUAUAGCUUACUUAUAUACAAAAUGCCUGACAGUACUGGUGACAUAAAGAAUGACUGUUUUUUCAAAGUAUAUUUGACAAAACAUACAUCACAACUCAAACCAUAUUUUGUUACAUUACCUUUCAUUCAAACACAAAUCUCAUACACAACUCAAUUCUCAAAUGUCUAUAAAACACAAAUCAAUUUAUAUUUUUUUUAUUUUUAAUCUGCUUCAUAAUCCUGAGGAGAAUACACCAAAAUAUACAGGCAAACUCAAAAUCAAACCUUCUUUGCUAAACAAUAAAGACACUGGUACCAAUAACUGGGUAUUUGUCUCAUAACACAAAAACUCUAAUUAGCAAACUAUUCUUUCCUUCUUUGUUUAAAUUACAUUAAUUUGUAAUAUGUACAUAAAUAUAAGAUUUAACUAUGCAUUUACAUUUUUCAAAAAAAUUAACUGGAAGAACAUUGAGGUGAUUGGUGCUUUCUCAAGGCUAGCUCCAUCACAUCCGAAUCCACUGGGGCAUUGGUAAAAAUGGAGCC